AUGCCACGUAAACGCACCAUCGAAGAAGAUGAGAAUGAUGAAACCAUUCCUUGGAGCGACCAUCUAGUCGCUGGAUUGAAAGCCGAGCUUGACCGGCGUCACCUCUCCAAAACCGGUAGGAAAGCAGACUUAGUAGCACGUCUUCAAGCAUCCGAUAAUGGAACUUUGAUCAUUGAACCCGAAGCUCCUAUUGUCCAAAAUCCUCCUGCCGAAGCGGGUCCUUCUUCUACUUCCGAUGCACCACCAAAGAAGAAGAGAGCUAAGAAGGAAAAGAGUCCAGAUGUGGUCAUUGAAGGUCAAUUUGCGUCCGAACUCAUCAUUUAUCAAAACAUCGAUACGCGUACAGGCGAGAGACGCGAGAAACCUUUCGUCGCAGAACCCGAUGCCAAGUUUAAGGAUAAGGUCAAGCGUAUCCGAAAGGAACGUAUGUUCAUGUUGAAUCGUCAGAAAGAUGUUGAUGCCAAAGGAAGAAGUUGCGAGAAUUUCGAUAUCGCUGGUAGUACCGGUAACAUCUAUCAAACCAAAAUCGGACGUACACCAACAUGUACUUGUAUGGAUGCCAGAAUUCGUGGUCAGAAGUAUGCAUUAAUCAUCAUCUACAAAGCACCUAUGCACCUCUGUUACCAACAAGCAUUUCUAUCCCAUGAACUCGAAUCCAUUUGGGCCAAUGCACCUAUCACACGUGCCCCGGAUGGACACAAUCACGACCACAAAGCCGAAAACGAAGACGAAACCAUCUACAACGGCAAACGCAAACCCAUCGACGGCGAAUGUCCAAUCUGUGUCUUCGAAAUGGAACCCGGCGAAGAAAUCGUUUGGUGUAAAGCAGCCUGCGGUCAGAACUUCCACAAAGAAUGUUUCAAUCAAUGGAAAGCUAGUAAGCACGGUGGACUUGUCACUUGUGUUUAUUGUCGUACACCGUGGCAAGAGGAUGAUGCGACUCCUAGACCUGUGUCGGGUAGCUUGGCUGCGCUGAAAGAUGUUGCGCCGAAAAUUGGUAGUUAUAAGAAUAUUGGUAAUAUGCCUAUGUAUUCUCAGGAGGCGAAGGAGAAAAUGAUGGAUUGA